UGGCUCCAGCGCAACAGGUCAAACAAACGCUAGAUUUGAUUGUCCGGAGUUGCCACCAGCGGCAGUUCCCUCCAAGCCAAAAUGUGCCUUGGUUCCUUCGACACCACAUUUUCCGCAGACCUCAUCGUGAGGAAGCCAGAGCAUCCAAAGGAACAAGAGGCAGACCAUGACCAAGCCCAAGAUGCCCAAGUGUCGGUGGACGAGAUCCUAGUUCAGGCAGUGCUGGCCAGCGCUGAAGCCUCCAACAGGGCCAUGAAGAGGAGGGUGCGGCAAAGGCUUCACAAGAAGCUUGGGGGCAUGCUUUCCAAGGAAGAGUUUGACGUGGCUAUGGAGCGCUUCAAGGAGAUGGAAGACAAGGGUCCAAGCAAGCUAGUAGUGAAGCAAAAUCCGCCUCCGGCGCCCGUGAUCUUCGCAGUGCCCCUGUUUCUACCCAUGGCCUCCGCGGGUGCAUACAUGAUGCCGGUCACAAGCUCUACACCCUCUGUCUUGAGCGUGAAUUCGCAGACAUCCACUUGCCAAGGAUGUGAGGGCCCGGGGUCUGAAGACUCGAGCGCCUUUGAGGACGACUUGGAGAGCUGUGCAGAGUGGUGCCGUGCUCGGAGCGAGGACGCGCCGGUGGAACGUACUUUCAUCCACUUUGACACUCGGAUGCAUGUGCACCGGCGUUCCCGCUCUGUGUGAAGUGCCAUGGUGGUUAAUUGCCCUGCCUCAAUUUUGAGAAAGCUUUUCUUCCAGAGAAACAGGUUUGGCAACGUGUAGGUGGGUUGCUUUUGCCAGAGAUUGGCACAAGGCGCUUUUCUGGAUCGUUUCAAGGCUUCAAAUGGCUGGCCACACAGCCUGGCCGAUCGAACCCAAAUUCAAGUUGCGCGCUUUAGGGACUUGGAACCUUUCCAAGGCAAAACUUUUGAAGGGAUGGAGGUGGAAUGGCCCUACGCUGCCAUAUCACUUUCGGGGCCCCUCUCGGCUCGUCAGGGCCACGCUGAUUGGGUCCAAUGCACUCACAGCCAAUGUUCGGGAUGGAUUCCCGGCGUUCCCCAUAAGUUACCGCUAUCAAAAAAUCUCUCAUGGAGCAUAAGAAGAA